GGUUGACGGUUACCAUAGCAACCGGUAACCGACAGCUCCGCCCCCUUUUUUCGGUUCGCCGUUCUGUAACUGUGAAUGAAUCCGGUGAACCUGAGAGUUUAUGUGUGAAAUCAACCUGCUGGAGUCGAGACGAACAUAGAAGAGUUUCAUCAAAUUGAGUUUCCCAAACUUUACAUAGGCUAUUGUGUGCUUCACAUGUUGAACAUUAAAACAACGCCCCGCUCUGCCCCGCUCCGCCCCGGCCCGGUCCGGCCCGCUGCCAGCUGUUUCUGGCUUUGGCAGCAGAGAGAAGAGAGGAUGACGAGGCCGCCGGUCGGAGUCAUGAAGCGGCACCUGGAGAUCGCCGGCCUCGGCGUGGCCGCCGCAGGUUGGCUGGCCGCCGUCCUGACUCGCUGCCUGGCGCUGUGGACGGUCAGCGGGACGCUCAACAACCAGACAGCCAGCCUGCCUGCCUACUGGGAUGGGGUGUGGCUACAGUGGGAUCACUGGGAUCUGGCCCACGAUGGCAGCCUGCACUGCUCUUUCUACCAAUCCUUGAUGUCUCUUUCUGGAAGUUUUCGCACGUGGAGGGCUCUCAUCAUGGCCGCCAUUGGAGUCGGGGGCUUCGCCAUGGUGGUUGGAGGAGUGGGGCUGGUUUGGUUCCCAGGGAGGGGCCAGAUCAAGGUGUUUUCUGGGAGUUUUUUCAUCGUGGCGGGGAUCUUGUUGCUGGUUCCCACAGCCUGGACGUGCCACCACACCAGCCAGCCACUAGAGGGCGCGGUGCCGCUCAGGAGAGACUGGGGACCUGCUCUGUACCUCGGAUGGAUCUCCUUCGCGUUGAUGCUGGUCGGUGGGAUAUUUCUGACCACCAGAUGCCCCGCCGCGGGGGUACAGGAGGGACAGCCUGGCGUCGCCGAGGAGGAGGCCAGCAACCCGCUGAGCACCAUCAACAGAACCGCGUUCACAAACAGCCAAUACAACCGCAGGUCACAGCCCUUCUGACAGAACUGGACCGGGCAGCAGAACCAACGAAAAGUGAAAUUAAUGCUCUCAGGAAAGCGUCUGACUGCACUUUAAAAAAAAAGAAAAAAAGAAAGAAUAAAGGGUUAGAAAUAACUUAAAUAAGCAGAACUGCACAGACUUUAUUAACAGGGCUGAUUUUUGCUGUGUUUCGUUCUACUUUAACAAACUGUUUGUCUUUUUAUUAUUUCUACCCUGGUAAAACAGAACUAGACAGUGACUUGCUCCACUUGCUUCAUACAGCGGCUCCAGGAUAUUGAGAAACGAUGACUUCCUGCAGGCAUUUCCACUACAAAUGUGCGCAAAACUGUCAAUGUUCCCGUAAUGAAACAAAAAAACUCAAUUUCGCAAUUGCCUGCGAAGAAGGAAGUGCUGAUCACAGCAGAAAAUCGGAGCAGAAAAUCGACGUCAUCAUUGACAUAUAAUGAAUUAGGGCUAUUGUGGAUAGAAAAGAAAGUAGGAGCAAAUUUCUGCCAAAAAACUCAGAAAUGUAUAUUAAUCUUAAAAAUUGUUUACAAAACCCUGGAAUUUCUGAGUGUGAAAACUAAAUUUUUAAAAGUCUAAAUUUUUAAACUUUUGAGCUCAGAAAAUCUCAGUUUUCUAGAAAAUAUGUGAAAUUAAUCUCAAAAUUUGUGAGUUUUCUUCUUCUUCUUUUUUUUUUUUUUUUUUCCAAAUUUUGGACUUUUGAAGCUCUGAAAUUUAAAACUUUUUUCUAGAACAUUUCUGAGAUCUCAAAAUUUUAUCACUAAUUUUCUGCUUUUGCAGCUCAGAAAUUUCCAAGUUUUUUCCAGAAAUUUUCCGAGAUUAAUCUAAAAAUUUCUGAGUUUUUGGGCAGAAAUGUACUCCUUUCUUUUUCUAGACACAAUUUCCCUAAUUACCCCCCCCCUCCCCCCCGCCACUUCUUUCUGCUUUCUGAUUGGCUGGUUGAAAAUCUACCAGAGGAAUCGAAGUGAAUGGGAGAAAAGCCAGAAUGUGUUGCGAAGCGAGAUUUAAUUGUUUAUUUUUGUUUGUUUCUUAAAUCUAAACACACCACAGUAAAAAACUAAACUCUAUUUAGUGUUGCUAUAGCAACACUAAACAUUGGUGGAUAAUUUCAGCACAUUUUUAUGACUGCAGUUUAAACUCUUUAAAACAAACGACUGUUUGCAGAGAUGCGUAACAACUGGCUACGUUUACUUGAGUAACAUUUUGGGAAAAUAAACUUUUAGAAGAGUUUUACUGCCUGUACUUUUUAGUUUUACUUGAGUAAUUCUAUGACGUAUCACUACUCGAGUAAAAUUUCUGGAUUUUCUACCAGCUGUGAGUAACUGAAUGAUGAAAAACCUUAUUUUACCCAAAACUUUGAUUUGUUAUGACCUUAUUUAUAUGAAUUAUUUUCAUUUUGGUUUUUAGAAUACCACAUAACUUUACAUUUUGGUCCAUCUGAUGAUGUACAUUUUAAAUAUUGUCAAAUACUUUUUCUUAAACGGCUACAUUUUACCUGAGUAAAAACAUGCUGAAGUAGUUCUGCUUUCAUUAGAGUAUCAUUUUUGGCUUCUGCAGACCAAAGUGAAUCAGACGUGAUGGGAGGCGUAGAAACAGCUUCAAGAGGGAUUAAUGAAGGAUUUAUAAGUUCUUACAACCGAGCAAUAAGCUUUAGACUAAAUGUAUCUGCUCAGAGUUUCAUUUUCCCUGCAGGUGAACAAAAUGACGACUGACAAAAUUCUUGUAUUUUGUGUGUUUUAUCUCAAACUGUUGCGUUUGGUUGAACUGGAAUCAGACGCAGAGUAACAGAAAAAAACCAGGCAUGUUGGAACACGACCCAACGCUCACAAACAGGAUGGGCGGCGUUCAGGUGGCGUUUUGUUCUGUGAAUCAAAGUCACAGCCUUUAAAAAAAGCACAAAAGUUUUGGAAUUACACUUGUUUACUUCUGCAGCUUUACGGCUCCACUGUGUUUCUUUAAAUGUGAUUUCAUGUAGAAAAUCUGCUGGAUUUAACCUCGACUUUUAAUUUUAUUUACUCAUUAACUUUAUUUAUCCAAAUUUAACACUGAAAGCCAAAGAAGCCUGACUCUUUUAAACUUUCUGCUUCCAACUUUAAAUGAAAGAAAAUCAUUUAGAUCAUUGUUUACUACUAGCAACAUAACCAUAUCUGAGUUUUUCCUUUUAGCUUUGUGUGUUUAUUCUAUUUCAGAAAAUGCAAACAUAAUAAUAAAAAAAAUCUUAUUUUCCAUCUUUUGUUCAAAUCUUCUUGGUUUUUUAAAGCAACACUAGAUAAAUAUAAAAAUAAAAGCAAACUUCAGAUAACAGCCUCCCUGUUAGAGCCGUUUUAAAUACUGAAAACAUUUUCUUCUUUUAUUCCAGAAUUAAAAAAGAUUAAACACUGAAGUCCCAUUUUCAGUCUAAAGGCAUUCAUUUAUUUUUUGAGUUUAUGAUGUCACGUUUGAAAGAAGCCCACAGCAUCACAGAUCCUUCACCAUGCUUAUGAUAAUAAAUCUGAGUUGCUUUUCCACAUAUUCAGCCUCUUUUUCACACACAGUUCCAGAAAACGCCAAAUACUCCAUUUCUGUUUGUGAUGGUAGGACAAAAGCUGUGAAGUAGAGGGUUGCUAUGGAAACCACAACACCAAACCUAAAUGCCAUGUAUACCAGUCUUUCCCAUUUUGAAGAGUGGCUAAAAGAAACGUCAGGAAAACUGUUCACAAAAAAAAAAAAACACCUUCAGUUCUAUUUUUAUGGUGACAUUUUCUGAAACAAUUAUGUCUCAAUGUUAUAUUAAACACUGUUUAUCUCUGCAAUAAUAAAAAUAAUAAUUUAUUUGACAUAUUUCUAUUGAGCUGCCAGGAAAAGUGACAGAUUGUGUGUAUAUUUAUAAUAAUUUUAUGUCAGUAAAAUCCCAGUCUACAGGAAACAAUCAGGUU